GGGCAGAAGUUUGGAUUCCCUCGGCUCUCCUCCCCCGCUUACCAAGCAGCGCUGCUACUUCUAUCGGAGCCCCGAGCCUCCCGCGCCCGCGCCCGGGGAUGUCCGCUGCAGUUUAUCCGCGGGGCAGUCGCCGUCUUGCCGUCCCACCGCGUCCUGCUCUUCGCCGCCCCUGACUUCGGAAAGGGGAGGAAGGACGGACUUCUGGCUGCAAGAAAAAGGGCCUCCUGGUUCUUUGAAUUUUCCAUCUGCCUGUUUAGUCUGUGGAACAGCCUUCUGAGUUAUGUCUUCUCAGGACUCUGACCUUCCCCAGAAAGAGCAGGAGAAAAUGACCAAGUUUCAGGAGGCGGUGACGUUCAAGGACGUGGCGGUGGUCUUCACCGUGGAGGAGCUGGGGCUGCUGGAUUCCACCCAGAGGAAGCUGUACCGAGAUGUGAUGCUGGAGAAUUUCAAGAACCUGGUCUCAGUGGGAUAUCUUCCCUUCAAGCCAGAGAUGGUUUCUCAUUUGGAAGCAGAAGAAGAGCUUUGGAUGAUGGAAGGGGAACCCCAAAGAAGUGUGACCAGUGAGGACCCCAUGGCUCUUCCUUCAGGAUGCCUCACAUUCCUGCCCUGGGCUUCUUGUGUGAAUCUGAGCGGGUCUCUCAUAUUCACAUGCUUAAGAAAAAGUAAGACUGACACCUCCUUCCCAGGCUGCUCUGAGGGGCCAAGCACAGAGUGCAAGUCACCAGCCGAUACUAGGACCAAGGCUCGGGGAAGACGGAGUCCAGCUCUCCCUGUGUACAAACCUCCCGCAGUAUUUGUGUGAAGCAGCACUUCCAGCCUGCUCUGCUCUGCCUGCAGCAGGGUAUUCCACCUAAAACAGAGCCUACGUGGCACGUGUCAAAUGUGAGGACAAAAAGGUGGCCGAGUGUAUUCAGAGUUGACGUGAGGGGACAAGGUUUUAUGCAGAAAGAGACUGCAGUGUGGCUUAAGACAGUAAAAUCCCUAAACCAUGGACAUGUCUCUGAGUGGGAAGGAGCUCAAGAUAGAAAGGUACAUCGAUUCGAUGGGAAUGGGAUACAACCAUAAAAAAUGAGCAUGACGUAACAUGAAAGGGGAAAAAAAUCAGUACUUAAAAUGAGGUGUAUGUUAUGAAUACAAAUUCAGUUAUGAACGCCCACGAGGAUAAAAGUAGGAGAAAAUGAAAACAGCUCAUCUGUUAGUCGGGAAGUCAUGAAGUGGGGGAACUGUUCAUUUCUAGUCAUUUUUUCACUCUGUAAAAUAAGUAAGAAUACAGCAAAACCCAAAAAUACAUAUGAAGUAAAUUCAAAAGGCACAAAGUAAGACCCUGAUGGAAAAUAGGUCCUCAAAGGCCUUUUGCUCUGCUCGAGUCAUCCCCAGAAAAAUGUGUGAUGACCUGAGUAAUGAGAUGGAAUCAGGAAAGUGAGAAAGGAAGCCCUACUCACCUUGACCAUGGUCAUGUGUCCUCCUACUUCUGGGCGCGUGCAGAGUCCUGCGUUGCACGGAUCCCAGGAAGACAGAGCUGCACCUCGCGGGGUGCCUAGGAAGGCAGGAAAAAGGCAUUAAACAUAGCCCAGGAUGGUGCUCAUCUACAGGGAUGAUGGUUGUGAGUCCAUACUCGAAUGUUCACAGCGCCAUUAUUCAUUAAUGACCCUCGAGCGGGAAACCGCCGAAACGCAGACCUAUGACCUAUGCAGGAAUGAACAAAUUGUGGCAACUCCAUACAAUGGAAUAUUAGUGGCCAAUUAAAAGGAAGGGGUGCGGAUCACACUACAGCAUGGAUGAACCUUGUGAACACUGCUCAAAGUGAAAGACGCCAGUCACAAAAGGUCAGAUACCGUAGGAUUCUCUUUAUAUACAAUGUCCAGAAGAGGGAAAUCUAUGGAGAAAAAAGCAGGUUAGUGGUUGCCGGGGUAACAGGGGUGAAAAUGGGGGGUUAACUAAAAAUGGGCAUGAGGAAUGGGGAAACAAAAAUGGUCAAAACUGAAUUAUAGCAAUGGCUGCACCACUCAGGAGAGUUACUAAAAAUCACUGAUUCAAGGGGUUCGCCUGGGUGGCUCAG